AUGACGGCCGUGUCGAAGUACACAGCGGCUGAAACAGAGGCUCUCCAAAAAUCCAAGACCAUCGGGAUCAUUGGGUUGGGAGACAUGGGCUAUCUCUAUGCUAAAAGAUUCUCUGAAGCUGGGUGGAAUGUCGUGGGUUGCGAUCGUGAAGAUCUCUAUGAAGAAACAGUACAAAAGUUUGCUGAUGACAAAUUCAAAAUUCUUCGUAAUGGACAUUUCGUUUCACGUAUCUCGGAUUAUAUCAUCUAUUCUGUAGAAGCCGAGAACAUCCGGAAAAUUAUUUCGAUCUACGGGCCGUCCACUAAGUUCGGAGCCAUUGUGGGGGGACAGACCUCAUGUAAAGAGCCUGAAAUUGCUGCAUUUGAAGACAUUUUGCCGAAAGAUGUGAAAAUCAUCUCAGUCCACUCAUUACAUGGUCCUAAAGUUUCUACUACUGGGCAGCCUUUGGUACUUAUAAAUCAUCGUGGAGAUGACGAAAGCUUUAGAUUCGUAGAAUGUUUGGUUUCAUGUUUGAACUCAAAAAUCGUAUAUCUUUCAGCCAAAGAACACGACAAAAUUACAGCAGAUACUCAAGCUGUGACUCAUGCUGCAUUCUUAUCGAUGGGUGUAGCUUGGAUGAACAUCAACCAAUAUCCGUGGGUUACACCUCGAUGGAUCGGAGGGUUGGAGAAUGCCAAAAUGAACAUAUCUUUGCGGAUAUUCUCUAACAAAUGGCACGUCUAUGCUGGUUUAGCCAUCACAAACCCUUCUGCUCAUGAACAAGUGUUGCAGUACUCGAGUUCCACGACAUCUUUGUUCACUCUUAUGAUCCAGAAAAAAAAGGACGAGCUCAGAGAAAGAAUGCUCAAGGCCAAGGAAUUUGUGUUUGGCCACAUCAACGACCACGAUCUACUCUUGGACGACUACAUUUUGCAGAAAUUCUCGUUGAGUAAAAAUCCACCUGGUGGGAAGCAGCCCAAUUCACAUCUUUCGUUGCUAGCCAUUGUAGACUCGUGGUUCACUUUGGGAAUAGUGCCUUACGACCAUAUAAUCUGCUCCACACCUUUGUUUAGAAUCUUCUUGGGAGUCACAGAGUACUUAUUUUGCGCCCCUGGAUUGCUAGAGGAAUGUAUAGAAGAUGCUGUUCAUGACGAAUCCUUCAGACAAGACGACUUGGAAUUCACUAUCGCCGCCAGAAACUGGGCCAGUAUUAUCUCCUUUGGAAACUUCGAGUUGUACAAGCGAGAGUUUGAAAAGACGCAGAAAUUUUUCCUGUCCAAGUUUUCUGAGGCUAAUGUUAUAGGUAACGAAAUGAUCAAAACCAUUCUUGAAAGAGUCCACGAACGUGAAGCAGCAAACGAGUCUAAAUAA